AUGAAGUUUGCAAAGAAACUGCAAGAAGAACUGGAACAGGGAUGGAAUGGUCAGUAUUUAGAUUACAAGGCGCUGAAGAAGGUGAUGAAAAAUGGCGAGGGAGAGGAUUUUUGCAAUGCUCUGAGUUCCGAAUUGCAUAAGGUCCAUGACUUCAUGCGACACCAGCAGGAGGCAUUACAGGUGGGAUUUUUUGGACGAGUGGACGGGCAGGAUGUAGAAAUGAGUGGACCCAAAGCUGCUUAA